GCAGCGGCAGGGCAGAGCGUUCCCAGCCAGCUGGAGAGGGGACAGAGAGAGAACCAGCAGCAGCAGCAGCACCAGCAGCAGCACCAGCACCAGCACCAGCAGCACCAGCACCAGAGAUGCUUUGCCGAAUGCACCUCGCACCAUUCGCUUCCAGCUCCCUGGCCACCCGGCUGGGGACGGUGCGGACCCUCUGGCCGCACGCAGAGACCAUCUUCACUGAGCUGCAGCAGGAGAUGGAGAAAGCUCGGGAAUUCAUGAGCAGCUUCGAGCAGCUCCUGAACAGCCAAGGAGCCACCGCCAUGGAGCAAGCCCCGAGCACCAGCACAACCCUGACCCAGGGCUCUGGGGAGGGCUUCUCCGUCAUCCAGGACGUGAAGAACUUUUCUCCCGAGCAGCUGUCGGUGAAGGUGGUGGGCAGGAAGGUGGUUCUGGUGGGGCAGAAGGAGACGCAGAACACGGACGAGAAGGGCUCCUUCUCCUACAAGUACGAGGUGCUGAAGCGUGAGUGGGACGUGCCCGAGGAGGUGGACGCCGAGGCGCUGACCUGCUCCCUGUCCAAGGAGGGGCAGCUCCGCAUCGAGGCCCCCAAGCUGGCCCUGUCCGCUGCCCCGGAGAGGAACGUGCCCAUCCAGGUCAGCCCCGCAGCCUCGCAGCCAGCACCAGCCGCCGAGGAUGGAGCCACCAACAAAGCCCAGGUGUAAUGGGAAGGAACCGAUGGCCCGCGGCAGGACCGGAGGAGAUAGCAGCAAGUCUCGGGUUUUAGCCCAGACAAGCUCCAUCAGCAAUGAUGUCAUUUUUUUCACUAUACUGGAAUGUUUUUGUAUCCAAUAAAAAUACUUUUGCAUA